UUUCUUUCGUCUCGCUCGUAUUUCGCUUCUUCCUUUUCUCUUUGGCUUCCUUAUCUGCCUUUUAAGUCUUUUCGACAGCCCAACAACUAGUCCCAGAUCUUCCCUUGUCUCUAGUCCUGUCCUACCCCCUUUCGGAGUGACACAUUGCCUUACUGUCCUUAAUUUCACCGCUAUCUUUGUAAAGCCCCAAGGCCCCAAGCGAAAAAACCAAAGUCUUCCCACCGUACUCUUCGUAGCCAGACGGACAAGAAGAGUCUCUCCCUGGAGAACAAGACCAACGCAACAUGGUGUACAUCCGGCAGCAUCAACUGCCCAAAUUGCGGGAAUACCGCUAUGCGGGAGUCGACCAUUCGCUGAUAAGCCGAUAUGUCCUGAAACCAUUCUAUAACAAUGUCGUGAUCAAGUGUUUCCCCAUGAGCAUGGCUCCUAACGCCAUCACCUUAACUGGCUUCUUCUUUGUGGUAAUCAACUUCCUCACGAUACUAUGGUACAACCCUACUCUAGACCAAGACUGUCCGUCUUGGGUUUAUGCCAGCUGCGCCGUGGGAUUGUUCUUGUACCAGACCUUUGAUGGAGUAGACGGUAUUCAAGCACGGAGAACUAAGCAAAGCGGUCCUCUGGGCGAGCUGUUCGACCACAGCGUCGAUGCGUGUAACACUGCUUUGGGAGUGUUGAUCUUCUGUGCGGCCAUGAAUUUUGGCCAGUCAUGGGCUACUGUUGUGACUCUUUGGGGAUCAACCAUGACAUUCUAUGUUCAGACCUGGGAUGAGUACUACACCCAAGUGCUUACUCUCGGCAUUAUCUCUGGUCCCGUGGAAGGUGUUCUGACGCUUUGCCUCGUCUUCGGCCUCACGGCUUACAUGGGAGGCGGUAGCUUCUGGCAUCAGUCAAUGCUGGAGACUGUCGGUGUUCCCAAGUUGGAUGCCAUCCCGGAACAGCUGUAUGACAUGCCUUUUACGCAGUGGUAUCUGGUCUACGGCGCGAUUGUGCUCUUCUUCGCGACUGGAUCGAGUAUUGUGCAUGUCAUGCAAAUUCGGAGAGAGCGUGGGCAGGACCCCAUUGCACCGCUCUUUGGUCUCCUUCCCCUUGUUGCGGUGUGGGUGUUCGUGCCGGCUUAUCUCUAUCUGCAACCGACUAUCUUGGAGAACCACAUGGUCCCAUUUGCCCUUUACGUGGGUCUGGUCAACGCAUACGCGGUGGGAAGGAUGAUCACUGCACACCUGGUCAAGGCCAGUUUCCCUUACUUUAACGUGCUUCUCUGCCCCCUUGCACUUGCUGUACUUGACAGCGCUGGGCCUGCAUUCGGUCUGUGGCGCAGCGCACUUGGCGGCGGUGAUGGUCAGAUUGCAUUCAUGUACACGUGCCUCGGUCUGGCAAUUGGUGUUUAUGGAAGCUUCAUCUUUGACAUUAUCACCACGAUAUGUGACUACAUCGACAUCUGGUGCCUCACUAUUAAGCACCCCUAUGUUGAAAAGCAAACCGCGAAUGGUCAAGUUGAUGCAGUUGAGAAGAAGAUGAGCUGAGAGAUAGAGUGUCAAGAUUUCAAUUGCAUGUCAACUAUGCGAAGAAUUCCAUGGUGGGUAUGUCAUAAACAGGUGUGAGAGUUUCUUGGUUCUGAUUUUAGUUUGCUGGAUUCAUGUUUCGGGUCAAAGCAUUGGAGCAUUGGGUUGGCCUUCUGCGAUUUGGCGUCAAGCUGUAUAAAAAAAGACCAAAAAUGCCGGGCCAUUCAUCCUGAGAUGCAUAUGGGCUGGAAACCUUUGUGUCACAUGUGAUGUCUAAAUGCUUUAUUAGUUUAGUUGAUAGAAAAUACUACCUUAAUGUUGUAACGUUAUCUUGGGGAAAAAUGUCGACUGUCUGGUUGCCAGAUCGGGUCAAGGAUCCAUGGGACGAGAGGAACCGUACAGUACAGUACGUGGAGAUAGAAGG